AUGGCCUCUCAACUCAAGGACGCGUGGGAAAUAUCCUUCCUUGGCGGACGCUCCAGCUUCGAGAUUGGAAUGGGUCUCGUCCUCUUCGUUCUCAUUUUGGGCUUGUCCCGUGCAAUUUAUCUGCUGUACUUUCAUCCGCUAGCAUCUUUUCCUGGGCCCUACAAGGCGGCCCUAUCAACGUGGUGGCAGUACUCUUUGAGCAAGACUGGUAGAACGGAACAGAUACUCGAGCAGCUGCAUGAGAAAUAUGACACUCAAGCACUCCGAAUCGGGCCAAAUGAGCUACACAUUACUGAUCCCACACUCUAUCAUACGAUCUACUCGCAGCGGUACAUCUUCCCAAAACACAAGUACUUCUAUGAUGGUUUCAACAAUCUAUCCAAUGUCUUCAUCGAGGCAGACAAAGAUGCACACCGUGCGCGACGUAAGCUUCUCAACAACUUCUUCUCGAAAGCGUCAAUCAGAUCCAUGGAGCAGACCUUGUUCUCCAAAGUCAGCCUGUUAUGUGACAGGCUAUCGGAUACCAAAGACAACGGUGCUAUCAAUCUCUAUCACGCUUUCAGGUAG